AUUUUACCCUCUUCUUUCUCUUUUAAAAACCCUACGCCCCGUUCAUUUAUUUUCUGUCACUCUGUUUCUCUCUCCUCCUUUCCAAACAAAACUCUCGCUUGCCUUUUCCCCUCAGCUUUCCUUUCAAACAUGUCUUGCUUCAUUAGCAAAUACGCCGAGGAGCUUGCUAAAAAUGCUGCCUACAUUGGCACCCCUGGAAAGGGUAUCCUUGCUGCUGAUGAAUCUACCGGCACAAUCGGCAAGCGUCUUUCAAGCAUUAAUGUAGAAAAUGUUGAAGAAAACAGGCGUGCUCUACGUGAGCUCCUUUUCACCACUCCCGGUGCUCUUCGGUGCCUAAGUGGUGUUAUUCUUUUUGAGGAAACCCUCUACCAAAAAGCCUCUUCUGGCAAGCCCUUUGUUGAAAUCUUGAAGGAAGGUGGAGUCCUCCCUGGCAUCAAGGUCGACAAGGGUACCGUUGAGCUUAAUGGAACCAAUGGUGAGACUUUCACCCAGGGUCUUGAUGGCCUUGCCCAGCGUUGCCAGAAGUAUUAUGAAGCUGGUGCUCGCUUUGCGAAAUGGCGUGCUGUGCUCAAGAUUGGUGUUAACGAGCCAACAGAACUUGCCAUCCAAGAAAAUGCCAAUGGUCUGGCAAUGUAUGCUGCCAUCUGCCAGCAGUGUGGCCUCGUCCCCAUUGUCGAACCUGAAAUCCUUGUUGAUGGGCCACAUGAUAUUAAAAAGUGUGCUGAGGUGACAGAGCGUGUACUCGCCGCUUGCUACAAGGCUCUCAAUGACCACCAUGUCAUGCUUGAGGGUACACUGUUGAAGCCUAACAUGGUCACCCCUGGUUCUGAGUCCCCAAAGGUUGCUGCAGAGGUUAUUGCCGAGUACACUGUCCGGGCCCUGCAGCGAACUGUUCCUGCUGCUGUGCCUGCUAUUGUAUUCUUGUCUGGUGGGCAGAGUGAGGAGGAGGCUACCCGUAACUUGAAUGCCAUGAACAAGCUCAAAACCAAGAAGCCAUGGUCACUCUCGUUCUCAUUUGGACGGGCCCUUCAACAGAGCACUCUCAAGGCUUGGGCUGGAAAGGAGGAGAAUGUGAAGAAGGCACAAGAUGCUUUCCUUGUUAGGUGCGAGGCUAACUCCGAGGCCACUCUUGGUACCUACAAGGGUGAUGCACAGCUUGGUGAGGGUGCCUCAGAGAGCCUCCAUGUCAAGGACUACAAAUACUAAGAAUUUAGGGUUGUGGUCUAUCAUGUCAUGUUUUGCAGAGUAAAUUGCGUUAUGGAUAUUAGGCUUUUAGGGCUUUUUGUCUUUUUGGUUUCUGUCGCAUCUCAUCGAAUUUAGUGGGUGAAAAUCAGACUAAUAAGCUCGGGGAGCCUUGUGCUCUGUUGAGUGUUGAUGGUUUUUGUUUAUUUAAGUUUAAAACAAUGUUCUCUGCUUUUAUAAUGGAGUUGACCGCAUUUUGGCACAAA